AUGCUCUUGGGAAGCAAUAUUGACCAGAUCUUGUCCAAUCUGUACUUGGGCAACAUCAUCGCAGCUACUUGAGAGGAAAUUUUGGAGGAGAAUGGUAUUACGGAUAUACUCACUAUGGGAAAUGAUAUGGAACCUCAAUUCCCUGGGAGAUUUCAGUAUAAAGUCUGUGAAUUACAUGAUAUCGAUACUGAGGAUAUCCACCAAUUUUUCCACGAAGGCAUUGAUUUCAUCCAGCAAGCAUUAGACCAAGGAGGCACUGUUCUUGUGCAUUGAGCAGGAGGUAUUUCAAGGUCUUCAACAAUGAUCUGAGCAUAUUUAAUGAAAACUAAUUCAUGGACAUUUUCUCAAGCUCUUGAAUUUGUUAAAACUAAACGAUUCGUCUGUCCAAAUUAUGGUUUCCGAAAGCAGCUUCUCAAGUUCGAGGCUGAAGAAGGACUAUCGCAGGAGGAAUAGCAAGU